AUGCCUGGAAACCACACUUUCUCUCGUAUCAGCUGUUUAGCCCUUCACCAGACCCUGGUGUCCCUGGUGGGCAAGGUGGAUGACCUGCAUUUGGGCAUUCUCGUGGAUCACCAGACGAGUUCCUCUCAGGACUAUGUUGCUGUCAGUGACACAGAUGAUAUUCGCAAUGAUGCGCUUCUGAAGCCGUACACAAAGACUUUGUUAGUGAACGGGGUAGAGUGCACUGUCCUAAGAGACUCCGCUGCCACUAUGGAUGUGGUGCACCCGAAGUACGUGAAAGACUCAGAUUAUCUUUCGGAAUGCGCUUGGGUCAGAUCCGAGGCGUUGUUGCUGAAAAGGGGAUGUAGGUUUGCCGAUGCAAACGUUAUGGCGCUCACUAGAGCGAAAGCGCGACUUCUUGCGGACGAGCUAAGGUACGUCACAACACCGGAGAACAGCGGAAAUGAUCCGACUGAUUCCACAUGCGAACAGGACAAAGACGUUGGCGAGGCAGCCGCCGAAAAGAAUGACCCGCUCUUAGUUCAACCAGACGCAACUACUUUUGGCAAGUUGCUAGAAGUUGAUCGAACGACGUUGAGCAAUAGCGUAGAAAAAUGGCACUCUGUUCUGAAACGAGUGCUCCGCGCUCUUUGCUUUGAACAUAAAAUGGAAUGGGAUCUAUGCCUUCCCGCCGCGCUGUUCGCCUUGCGUACCGCUCCUCAUGAGGCGACGGGUUUCGCCCCAGCAGAGUUGGUUUAUGGGAGGAAUUUGCGGUCACCACUUCGUAUGGUGCGCGAACUCUGGGAAGAUCAAGGGGUGUACAAGACAGUCGUCGAAUACGUGUUGAAUCUGCUCAACCGUAUGGGAGCUACUCAGGACAUUGUGGAGCACCAGUUGAGAGAAGCACAAACGCGCGCAAAGAAGUACUAUGAUAGGAAUGCCAGGCUUAGACGCUUUCGUGUGGGCGAUCGGGUCAUGAUUUUGAGACCGUGCAGGCAAAACCGCUUACAGGUACAGAGGGAGGGCCCCGUUGAAGUCGUGACCGUACUUUCGGACACAAAUUACGCUGUGAGAAUGAACGGAAGGAGGAAAGAGCUAAGAGUUUACCACUGUAACUUAAUGAAGCCCUAUCGUGAGCGCCAAGCGAUAGUGAGCAUGGCAUUAGGCAGCUCCGACGAAAUUUGUGCUGAAAUGCCACUUUCGAUCGGUGAGAUAAGUUCGACCACAGUGGACAGAGUAGUGAACGUAGCAGUUGACUCAUCUCAGGUUAAUGAGAAACAACUAAACGAGCUACGCGAUUUGCUAGGUCGGUUUCAGGACGUCUUUUCAGACAAACCGGGAAGAACUUCUCUCGUUUCACACGAUAUUGAAGUAGAGUCUCAAGACGCUGUCAAAUGUAAACCGUACCGUCUGUCUAUGAAUGAGAAAGAUAUACUGAAGAAGGAAAUCGAUAAGAUGAUCGAACUUGGUGUUAUAGAAGAGGGUACCAGUGAUUACACCUCUCCUAUUAUCCUAGUGAGAGCACCAGGCAAAGAUCCUCGCCCAUGCGUGGAUUAUCGGAAACUGAAUGCGGUCACCAAGGAUCUUAUAUAUCCCAUUCCGAAUAUUGAGGAGAGGAUAGAGACAGUAAGUCGAGCGAAGUACAUUUCGGCAUUCCACUUGAUCCGCGGGUACUGGCAGGUCCCCCUGACGGAAACGGCGAGCCGAUACGCGGCGUUUGUGACACCCUUCGGCACGUAUCUCCCUAAGGUUAUGUCCUUCGGAUUGAAAAACGCACCAUUCUGCUUUUCUCGGCUAAUGGAUCAUGUACUUCAGGGCUUGGACACUUUUGCACUGCCGUACCUGGAUGACGUAGCUGUUUUUUCGAAUACCUGGGAAGACCAUUUGGAACACCUAAAGACUGUACUUCAGAGAUUUCGCGAUGCCGGCCUCACCGUCAAGGCAGAAAAAUGUCAACUUGCCCGUGGCAGUAUAAGUUACUUAGGACAUGUUGUGGGGCAGGGAGCGCGGCGUCCGGCCGACGCCAAAAUAGCGGCAGUGCGCGACUUUCCUCAGCCUCCCACAAAGAAAGACAUAAGAUCUUUCCUGGGCCUAACAGGUUAUUAUCAGAGAUACAUUAACAGAUAUUCCGAAAUCGCGGCCCCGCUGACGGAUGCUCUCCGAAAGAGAGCCCCUGAGCGUGUAGAGUGGGACAAAGCCAGGGAAGACUCUUUUCGUUGCUUGAAAAAUGCGCUCACUACUGAGCCUGUAUUGCGUGCUCCGGAUUAUCAUCGCGAGUUUCUAAUCCAGUGCGAUGCCACUGCCAGUAACAGGGGUUUAGGCGUUGUACUUUCCCAGUUUGUCUCAUCGUCUAAGGACCUUGAAAAGGGAGCCUGCGUCUCUGAGCGAAACGACAAGACAGAAAGCAAUGUUCUACCUCCAUCUGAGCCAUGA